GAAUGUUGUGCGCACGUCAGUCCACGCUUGAUAACAACGCUCCUUGCUAAGCUGCCCGUUGCGCCCGCCUUGGUGCUCAGCAUCGGCUGCGGCCAGGGUUUCCUCGAGGAGGCCUUGCUCCGCGCAUCGCAGGCCGAGUUGAACCUCUACGGCGUGGAGGUGGAAACGUGCCCGAACAAGUUCUUGCGCGGCGAGCGUCUCCUCCGCGUCCCCAACACGUUCGCAUUGCACGCGGAUGCCAUCCUCGCAGACGCUUGGAUGUUCAUCUACCCUCGCAGCAUUAGCCUGCUCGAACGAUACCUUUCCGUCUUCGUCAGAGGCGUUCUGGACUCGGUCAUCUGGCUAGGACCGAGCGAGGAGUUUCCC